AGGAGCAAGGCAACAUGGCCGACCUGGGGAAAAAGUACUGCGUUAACUGCCUUGCAGAUGUUACAAACCUGCGGCUUCGCUGCACCGACUGCCCUGAUAUCGAGCUGUGCCCGGAGUGCUUCUCGGCGGGCGCAGAAAUCGGUAAUCACCGGAGAUGGCACGGCUACCAGCAAGUCGACGGCGGUCGGUUCUCUCUCUGGGGUCCCGAGGCAGAGGGAGGAUGGACCAGCAGGGAAGAGCAGUCGCUACUCGAUGCUAUCGAGCAAUAUGGAUUUGGAAACUGGGAGGACAUGGCCGCUCAUGUUGGAGCAUCCCGUACUCCUCAGGAGGUCAUGGAACACUAUGUUACCAUGUACAUCCAUGGAAACCUGGGUAAGGCCUGCAUCCCUGACAACAUUCCCAACCGGGUAACCGACCACACCUGCCCAAGCGGAGGGCCCCUGUCGCCCAGCCUCACCACCCCUCUCCCCCCACUGGACAUCAGCCUAGCUGAGCAGCAGCAGCUGGGGUACAUGCCGCUACGUGACGACUAUGAGAUUGAAUAUGACCAGGACGCAGAGAAGCUCAUCAGCGGGCUCUCUGUGAACUAUGACGACGAGGAUGUGGAAAUUGAGAUGAAACGUGCCCAUGUGGACAUGUACGUGCGGAAGCUCAGAGAACGCCAGAGACGUAAGAACAUUGCCAGAGACUACAACCUGGUGCCUGUGUUCCUGGGCCGAGACAAGAAAGACAAGGAGAAGGAGAAACCAGGGGCUCUGGGAGUCAUAGGCACUGCUGGUGGUGUGGGCGGGGUGGGAGUUGGCGGUGGUGCAAUUGGAUCAGGUUCCACGACAGCAGCAGCAUCAGGUUCUGUUCCAAGUACACCCAAAAGAAAGAUCACCAAGGAGGAGAAGGAGCAGCGGAUCAGGCUGCGGGGGCUUUGCCAGUUCAUGGCCCAUCGCGAGUUCGAAGACUUCUUUGAGAACAUACAUAAAGAGCGUGUGCUGAGGGCCAAGGUGCGUGAGCUGCAGCGCUACCGCCGCAAUGGCAUCACCCGCCUGGAGGAGUCAGCGGAAUAUGAAGCAGCACGCCACAAACGGGAGAAACGCAAGGAGAACAAAAGUGUGGUCACCUCCAAACGGGGCAGCGGAGGAGGAGGUGGGCUUGGCUCGGGGAUGGGACUCGGGGGUGGAGCUGGAGGGGGAGGAGGCAUUACUGGAGGGUUAGGGGUAGGAGGCGGGAUCAAAGAAGAGGGUAAAGAUGGUGAGUUUGCUGCCAUCGAGAAUCUGACAGGCUUUGAACUGCUGUCGGACAGGGAGAAGGUGCUGUGUAACUCUCUCAACCUCAGCCCAGCGCGCUACCUGACUGUCAAAACCAUCAUCAUCAAAGACCACCUGCAGAAAAGGCAAGGCAUCCCGGCCAAGAGCCGACUGCCCAGCUACCUGGACAAAGUCCUCAAGAAGCGCAUUCUCACCUUCCUCACAGAAAGCGGCUGGAUAUCCCGAGACGCCUCUUAGCGAUCCUUCUUUGAUCAGGAAGUAAUAAGUGGAUGAUUGCUGACAGCUGAUUUCGCUAUAAGCAGGACAAAACUACUGGCUUUCACCAUCUUUUCAAAGGUGACCUUGUGAAUAUGUACAUUGCAAAGAAAGAGAAUGCCCCACUGGAAAAAAGUAUAUUUUCAUACCAGGGCUAGGAACAAAAAUAAGCCUAUAUUUUUGCAUUUGGAAAGGGAUGGGUGAAAUACAGCUCAGUGGGUUCGCAGAGCUUGGUGUCCAUAAUGAUAACAACAAUCCUAACAAGUAUUAUGUAGUUGCAUUGUUAUCGCAACAGGUUCACUGAAGAUGUCUAUGGAGAAAUCAUAUUUUAAAUCCAACAUCACAUUUACUGGAAAUGCAAUGUUUGACAGUUUCAGUUCUGAAAUUGUCACUGUUGUGGUUGCAGAUGUUUUUCAGGAUCUCUCAAAUUUUUUUGGUAACCUUUCGAGCAGGAAGUAGCUAUUUGAAAUUUCUAACAUUUUGAUUUCUUGUAAAUUGUCAUUCCACUUAAGUAAAAUCAAUUAUUCCCUUCUCACUGGCUACAAGGGAAGGAAAAGAAAAAGCAGCAGGGUUGAACCAUUGUCUCGCUUUCUCUUGUCUGAGCACUUGCUGCUGCCUGAAGGCAAUUUUUAUUAGGGCCUGACUGAUGCAUCAACAUGGAGCUUGAUCAAUAAAUUGGCCUAUUUGAUAAAUCUGUCAAUAUUAGAUUAUCAAAGAUAUAUCAGUAUGGGGUCUUAUGUUGACCAAUAAAUAAGAAGAAAUGCCAAAGAAAGAUGUAAUGUAGAAGCUGUGUUGCCAGGUGUGUCCACCUGAGAGCAAUGACAAGGUAAUUUCUCAAAUGAAAAACUUCCCACUCAGUACAUACUUUGAUGAUUCAGUUUUUAGCAUCCUGAAAAUACUAAUUCACGUAAGAGCAUUAGCCGAUUUCUCUAUAACAUGACGUAGGCGCACUAAAUAAGCAACAAUACAAAAACAUAUUUAGGUGUCAUUUAUUAAGACUUCAGAACUGUGUUGGUGUGGUUUGAUCAGCUUUGAUAGUCAAUGGCCAAAACCAUCCAUCACCUGUCUUCCAUUAAACUGUUGCCAAAUCCUGAUUGGUGCAUGGAAGUACAUGACAUCACAUUUUUCCAAUGGAGCGCCGCCUUUUUUGAAAUGCAGAUAUCACCUCUGUGAAAUAAUGUUUCCAAAUCAGGAUUUGGCAACAAUGUGUUCAAGUAGAAUCCUGUUACUCAUAGUAAGAAGCAGAUUGAGAAAUUAAACUAUCAGCCUCCCACAUCCUGCGUUUUAUUAGUUUGUCACCUGAAAUAUUUAGUUCUCAUCUUGUGUAUUUGGUCCAAAAAAAACCAACAUAGUGCAGCUUUAAAUGUUCAACUCUCCGCUGGGUAUGAUACAGGUAAAGACGCUGAAUGUGUAAGGGCAUUAACCAAUGAUAGUCAAAUGCUUCAGCAUAAUUCCAAGAUUAUGGUUUGUUAUUUACCAAGUGUGUAUGCAUAGCAGGCUAAUAUUACCUCCCAUACACUUAAAUAGCAGUGUUCCUCCUCAGUCUAUGUGUUUGAGUUUCCACAGUCUUUACCCUAAACUGAACAUCAGCCUCCCAGGUGGUCUUGUCAAACAGAUGUUACCUGCCGCCCUCUUAGGGAGCCUGCCCUUAGUUUUUCAGAGGCAACUUCACUUUGUCUUGAUGGCAGGACCAUAACAGCAGCACUGGUGACUCAUUCUCAUUUUCCUCCUUUGUGCAAUUUUUUUGCAAGCUGAGCUAAGUGCUGCUUACUGCACUAUUUAAAUGUAAAUGAUGUUAUUUCCCAGCACGAGCAGUGGCAUUAAAAUUCAAGAGAAGAAAGGCAUGUGAAUGUGUGUUACCUGAAAUUCAUAUUCUUUUCUUCUUCACUGUCUGUUGGAAAAUAGGCUUUUUUUUUUGUGGGGGAAAUGCAGGUCACGAGUGGCAUUAGUUCUGUAGUGUGAGGCAUUAUCUUCACAGUUACACUUAAGAACUUGAGGUUCUGUUCAGAGACCGUGGACCAACUGUGGAGGGUGUUAAUAUUCUUUGAUAGUGAUAAAUCAGUAAUAUUUCAUCAAUCUGGUGCUCCAGAGCAUUUUCCGUUUCAGUCAAACACUUAUUGUCAACAAAUCCCAUGAAAACACCUAAUCCAACAAUGAACGUGGCCCACAAACAAUUAUUGUGUGUGUAUCCAAAGCCUGAUAUAUCUCAUUCCUCUGUGCCAUGGAGCAAAUGUGUAAUAUUAAGCCACAUAACAUUUGCUGAAAACUAGAUGACCCAGCUGUUUUAGGAAAUAAAUUAGCCUUUUCAAAAAAAAAAAAGUAUAUAUUCAUGACGCAUUGGGAUGGGAUUGGGGCUGAGUGCCACAAACAGAGUAGGGAAGUCAAAGUAACUAACUUUUUGUUUAGUUGAGGUUUGUUGACACCAUGAAAAAUAUUUCAUUAUAUUCAGCUUGUUUUAUUGUAACUUUGCUCUGGGUGUUAGGGGUACAUGAUUUAGAGCACAGCUGAUCUAAAUAUUUAGAAAAAUAAAUAAAUAUAUUGAGUAACAAAAAGAAAAUCAUAGUGGUUCAGCUCCAGAACAUGGAUUAGUUUUGUAGGCUGUUGCAGCUGCGUAUUAACCCGUUGCUAACAUGUUUUGAAUUGGAGUUAGAUGCAUUAGUCAUUAGUGAAGUAGGUUUAUUGAAAAUGCUGACUGAGCAGCAGGCCAGGCCUUUUAUGUUGAAGCUGAAGGGGGAAGAAUGGGCAUUAUAUUGUGGUUAAAAUAAGAAAUGUUAAACAGUUUUCAGGUCAGAGGUCAUCUCAAAGGGCCAAAACUCCAUCUGAGUCAGAAUGUUUUAGAGAGGAGAUGCUAAUUUCCAGCCGAUAUACCAAACAGCCAUGACAUACCUUUGUGAUUUCUUAUUCAAAUUUUGACAGUGGUGUCACUCUGCAUGCGCAACCAAAUGUUCCAAAGUUUUAUUAUGUUUCGGUGUAAAUGUGUCAAAGGAAAAUAUGGCAAUUAGAUUUUAUUUUGUUCCCAGUGGGGAAAUAUCUUUUGUAAGGGAGGAGGGCGGGGUUUGCUUACUUUAUGUCACCAAAUGUGAAUAAUUUUGUAAGAUAAAUUGGAAAAAGAAAGUAUAAUUACUGACCUGUGAAAUGUACAGUAUUUUGUGUCAUGGAAAUUUUUAUAGUUUUGUUAUUAAAAAAAAACCUGAUUUUGGAUUACAGAGAAUCAUUUUCUGGAGCUUUGAGUAUAGUGAUGGCAUGCUUUUGUGCUGUCUUUAAUCUUGUUACCAGUCUGAUACUGUUGAGCUGUUUUGCUGUCCCGUUACUUUGUUGUUGCACAUGACAAGGUAUGUAUGGAGAUGUAUUAAAAGUGCAAAUACUUUAUAA